AAUAUCAAAAAAACAUGCAAGGAGAACAUUUGCGUAAAGGGACUUGGCUUCAAGAGGAAGAUGAACAAUUGACCAACUUUGUGGCUCUACUUGGGGAACGAAGAUGGGAUUCCCUUGCCAAAUUAGCUGGCUUAAGGAGAAGUGGUAAAAGUUGUAGGUUAAGGUGGAUGAACUAUCUUCGUCCAAAUCUCAAGCAUGGUCCUUUUAGUGGUGAAGAAGAGAAACUUAUUGUUCAGCUUCAGCAGCAAUUGGGUAACAAGUGGGCAAAGAUUGCUCGGAAACUUCCAGGAAGAACUGACAAUGAAAUCAAGAAUUACUGGAGAACUCAUUUAAGAAAAAGAGCUCCUCAAGUUCGACAAGAAGAAAAAGUUUGUUGUGAAGAUAGUGAGUGGGAGACAAAGGAUAGCUCCAUAGACACUUUACCCUUAUCAGAUUGGGAAUUGAGAAGCUCACCCUAUGAGACUAGGAUAUUGGAUUGGAUAAUGCAAAAUGAAUUUGGUGAGAAAGAAGUAGAACAAGAUUGUAAUAGCACAGGAACAUUCAACUACAGUCCUCAAGAAUUUGCAGAGGGAUGUGACUCAUGGGAUUUUUCAGGUUCCUUAUGGGAUUUGAACUAA